AUGGUUAAAGUCACUGCAUUCGUACUUAUGCUCUCCGUAGCCUCCAGUGCGAGCGCGCUGCCCUUCACGAAGCGCAUCGCACAGGUAAUCUCCCACUCUACGACAAAGUGGGAAGCCGCUUCCAACGCAGUAGGCGGCGGCCAGCAAUGCAACCCCAACGCGCAACGACGUCGACAUGGCACCCUCCUCGCAGCCGCGGGGCCCUGCGACCAGCAGAACGCGGCCGACGCGAUGGUCGACCUUGCCAAGCAGCUCAACAGCGACGCCGACAUGGUCAAGUUCGCGCAGAUCUUCGCGCAGCAGCCGCGCAACUCUCCGACGUCGCAGGGCGUCCCGUACUGCCAACAAGCCCCGAAGAACACCGAGCUAAACGGGCUCUACCAGUGCCAGUACCCGUCCGCCGACAAGACGACCUUCGUUGGCGGCCUCCAGGUCGGCGCGAACGGCAUGAUCCCCUUCGGCAUGGGCGCCCCACUGAGCUCUGUAGGCUCGUGCCCCGCGAACCCGUCUGGCCCCAUUGCGGACGGGAGCCAGCUCACGGAUGUCACGUCCGACCCGGGCGUGGGUCACUCGACGGCUUCUGCAAGUGGUAUCUCGACGAGCGAGGAGACAGGGAGCGCGAGCGAUGCUGCCUCUGCUACUGCUAGCGCUGCUGCCUCCGCUACCGACAGUGCAGCCGCCUCUGAGAGUGUAGCUGCCUCUGCUACUGAAAGUGCCGCUGCCGCUGCCACUGCUAGCGUGGCUGCAUCUAGCACAGCUGCCGCUUCGGAGAGCGCCGCUGCAUCCGUCACUGCCUCUGCCGCUGCCUCCACUGCGUCUUCCAGCAGCGGCGGCAGCUUCCAGCUCGCCAACGGCCAGGCGGCGCAGCAGCUGAACGCGAAGUUCCCAACCCUCACCGCCGACUCGUCGUGCAACGAGGGCGACAACGCGUGCAUCGGCAGCAGCUUCGCGCAGUGCGUCGGCGGCAAGUACGUGACGACGGCGUGCAACACUGCCGCGGGCCUGACGUGCGCCGCGCUCACGCUCGUGAACAGCGCGGGCACGAGUAUCACGUGCACGACGCCCGCGGACGCGCUCGCAAGGAUCGCGGCGACGGGCGCGCAAGGCGGGCUGACGGGGUCGGGGAACUGA